CGAGGCGUGGGAAUCUCUUCCCGAGGUGGCCGCGGACCUACGAGGAAGUGUGUACUGGUCCUGCGCGGAGUCGUGCUGUUGGCUCGGAAAGCAUGAGGGCGCCAGCAACAUGGAGCGAGAAGGUGGGAAGCCCGUGGCAGUUGUCGCGGUUGUGACCGAGCCGCGGUUCACGCAGCGAUACAGAGAAUAUCUCGAGAAGCAGAAACUCUUGGAUAGACAGCACCGUGUGGAAAAGAUGCCCGACGGCACCGUGGCGCUGCCGGUGCUGGGGGAGACCCUCCCGGAGCAGCACCUGCAGGAGCUGAGGACUCGCGUGGCCCCAGGCAGCACGUGCGUGCUGACGCAGCUGCGGGAUCCUCGUCCUUCAAAGGCGGCCCAGGGCUGUGCGCCCGCCCGAAGGCUGUGCCUUGAAAUGAGUCGCUGGGUAGAGGGUCGGGGAGGGAAGUGGUCAGCUGAAUUGGAGGCUGAUUUGCCCGAUCUUGGCAAAAGACAUGGGACCUCUGUUGUUAAUGAAGACUGUUUCCAAAACAAGCAGUGGAAAAAUCUGGAACCAGAACUCUGGGAGACCGUUGCGUUGGCACUUGGCGUCCAGCGUUUAGCAAAACGAGGGCGGGUGUUUCCAGAUGGCACUCGAACUCCAGCAGUGACUCUGUUGCAUGGCGACCAUGGAUGGGUAGAGCAUGUGGAUAAUGGCAUCCGAUAUAAGUUUGACGUGACCCAGUGCAUGUUCUCCUUUGGAAACAUCACCGAAAAGCUGCGAGUGGCAUCGCUGCCCUGUGCUGGAGAAGUGCUGGUGGAUCUUUAUGCAGGGAUUGGUUAUUUUACAUUGCCCUUCCUAGUUCAUGCAGGUGCUGCCUUUGUCCACGCCUGUGAGUGGAAUCAGGCUGUAGUUGCUCUAAGAAAUAACCUGGAGAUCAACGGAGUAGCAGAUCGCUGCCUACACGUUGGGGAUAACAGGAAACUGAAGCUCUCAAACAUUGCAGAUAGGGUGAACCUGGGUCUGAUUCCCAGCUCAGAAGAAGGCUGGCCCAUUGCCUGCCAGCUGCUACGCCGGGAUAGGGGCAUUUUGCAUAUCCAUCAAAAUGUGGAAUCUUUCCCAGGGAAGAAUCUCCAGCCUCCUGGAAGCAGCAAAAUGGAGAAAGAACAUUGGCCUUAUCCCCAGAAAAUUAUCACCAAUGAAUGGGAAAAUGGCCCUACCAGAGAUUUUAGGAGUAAACUACUUUCACAAGCCACCAAGUUGGAGUGGCAAAGGUGGGCAGCAUCAGCAGAAACUCGAAUUGCCGUUCUUCUUCAGCAGGUGCAUGGGAAACUAUGGAAGACACAAAUCCUGCACAUCCAGCCAGUGAAAUCUUAUGCUCCCCAUGUGGAUCACAUAGUUCUGGAUCUGGAAUGUCGCCCCUGCUCUAUAGUUGGCUAGAGGAGGUGGAUUCAGUGAGUGACACAAGGGAUCCAUGAGAAUGGCCCCUAAUGCUUCAGCUUAAGCUGGUCUCAAUUUUUUGUGGUAAUCUUUUAAAAUAUUUUGUGUCUUGAAAGAAGAUUCUAGACCAUCCAAAUAAUUUCAUUUGUCUUCCAGUGAUCACACUGAGACUGUGCUAAAUAGCUAGGAAAAACAGCGUGGCUUAUUAAAAUAAGGCUCAUCUGUGUAAUCAUAAGUUCUGAAUUCUAACCUAAGUUCUGACCUUGAGCAUAAGGUUUUAAUAUUCACUUGAUCAUGGAUUUAUUUGAAAACAUGAGGGCUUUUUUUGAAGUGUUUCACAUGGCUAUUAUCUAAUAAGCAGUUUACACAAGUAUUGGUUAUUCUAGAGUGAAAGUACAGUUCCCCAAAUCACUGGAGGAGAUCCAUGAUAAAAAACAGGGAGACCAGUGAUGAAGUUUCUGUGCUUGUCCAGUUGUGAAGUUGGGGUGGCUCAGACUAGAGUGGUAGGAGGUGGGAAGAUUUGAAAAGUAAAAGAUCAGUGGACUCAAGUAUGAAUUCAAAUCAAGACCAUGUGACUUUGUUGUUAUGACUGACUAAAUUAGGGAGCAAAUGAGAGUAGGGGUAACUAACUCCAUUCUUCCAAUUUGGCAUUCCUAAAUGAAUGUAGGGGAGAUGUCUUAUAAAGUUUGUCUUGGUAGAAAAAGGGUUAAGAAUCACUGCCUAAAUCAUACAAAACCCAAGUUUCUGGCCUUAAGCUGUGUAAUCGCUGCCAAUUGCUAGCUGUCACUCCAUUCAUUCAACUCCUGGUUCUACUUUCUGUGUCACCUGAGGCAAGUCAUGAAUCUCUCAAGAUUUAGUUUCCUCAUCUGUAUAUUAGGUUAACAGCUACACAUGUCCUCUAGGGUUGCUGAUAGGUUUAAAUGAGUUAACAUGUUAAGCUGUCAUCACAGUAACUGGCAUAUAGUGACUAUUCAUUCAUUGUCAGCCUUGGUAUACAGUAGCCAUAUUUCCCAAUUUGACUGUGAGGAUUUCCAUACAUCUGGUUUACAUGAAGAAACAGCUACACCCCUGUGGUUCAGCUCUAUUCACAAUAACCAAGAAAUGAAAAUAGCAUAAGUGUCUUCAGCUGAUGAAUAACUAAAGAAAAUGUGGCACAUAUACACAAUUAGAUACUAUUCAACCAUCAAAAAGAAUGAAAUUCUGUCAUUUGUGAUAACAUGAAUGAAACUGGGGGGAAGGUAAGGGAAGAAUGAAG